UGGCCCGCUGCCCUGGAGGGACGGGGCGCGAGUCCCACGCGCUGAGUCAGGGCCCCCGGGCGCAGAAGGCCACGCAGCGGGGACAGGGGUCGGGGGGCUGGGGGCGUCCCGGGACCCCCGCGCGGGUGUGGGCCGCGGGCGCCAGGUGGUGCGGGAAGCCCCCGACGUGCCAGGCCGGGCACAACAAAAGCGCGGGCUGGGGGGAGGCGCGGGCGGAGGGGGAGGAGGGGGCUGCUGGGAGCGCCCGGAGCCUGCAUUGGCCGCCAGCCACCGGGAGGAGGAGCAGAAAAUCCUCCGAGCGCAAUAAAACGGCGGCACGGCCCGAGCCCGCAGCAAACACAUCCGUAGAAGGCAGCGCGGCCGCCGGGAGCCGCAGCGCCGCUCGCCCGCCGCCCCCCACCCCGCCGCCCCGCCCGGCGAACUGCGCCCCGCGCCCCUCCCCUCGCGCCCCCGAGACAAAGAGGAGAGAAAGUUUGCGCGGCCGAGAGGGGCAGGUGAGGAGGGUGAGCCGCGCGGGAGGGGCCCGCCUCGGCCCCGGCUCAGCCCCCGCCCGCGCCCCCGGCCCGCCGCCGCGAGCAGCGCCCGGACCCCCGGCGGCGGCCCCUGCCCGCCCAGCCCCCCGGCCCGCCAUGGGCGCCGCGGCCCGCACCCUGCGGCUGGCGCUCGGCCUCCUGCUGCUGGCGACGCUGCUUCGCCCGGCCGACGCCUGCAGCUGCUCCCCGGUGCACCCGCAACAGGCGUUUUGCAAUGCAGAUGUAGUGAUCAGGGCCAAAGCGGUCAGCGAGAAGGAGGUGGACUCUGGAAACGACAUUUAUGGCAACCCAAUCAAGAGGAUCCAGUAUGAGAUCAAGCAGAUAAAGAUGUUCAAAGGGCCUGAGAAGGAUAUAGAGUUUAUCUACACGGCCCCCUCCUCGGCAGUGUGUGGGGUCUCGCUGGACGUUGGAGGAAAGAAGGAAUAUCUCAUUGCAGGAAAGGCCGAGGGGGACGGCAAGAUGCACAUCACCCUCUGUGACUUCAUCGUGCCCUGGGACACACUGAGCACCACCCAGAAGAAGAGCCUGAACCAUAGGUACCAGAUGGGCUGCGAGUGUAAGAUCACGCGCUGCCCCAUGAUCCCGUGCUACAUCUCCUCCCCGGACGAGUGCCUCUGGAUGGACUGGGUCACAGAGAAGAACAUCAACGGGCACCAGGCCAAGUUCUUCGCCUGCAUCAAGAGAAGCGACGGCUCCUGUGCGUGGUACCGCGGCGCGGCGCCCCCCAAGCAGGAGUUUCUCGACAUCGAGGACCCAUGAGCAGGCCUACAACACCCCUGUGGCCAACUGCAAAAACAGCCUCCAAGGGUUUCGACUGGUCCAGCUCUGACAUCCCUUCCUGGAAACAGCAUGAAUAAAACACGCAUCCCAUGGGUCCAAAUUAGUACAGUUCUGCUCCCCGCUUCUCCUUUUAGACACGGUUGUGGGUCUGGAGGGAGACGUGGGUCCAGGGUCCUCAUCCCAUCCUCCCUCUACCAGGCACUGUGUGUCUGGGGCUUCGAUCCUUGGGUGCAGGCAGGGCUGGGACAUGCAGCUUGCCUCCCAGUCCCUGCCUUGGCACCGUCACAGAUGCCGAGCAGGCAGCACUUAGGGAUCUCCCAGCCGGGUUAGGGCAGGGCCUGGAAAUGUGCAUUUUGCAGAAACUUUUGAGGGUCGUUGCAAGACUGUGUAGCAGGCCUACCAGGUCCCUUUCAUCUUGAGAGGGGCAUGGCCCUUGUUUUCUGCAGCUUCCACGCCUCUGGCCCUAGUGUAACACUCCCUGCCCCUGGCAAGUGCCCCCAUCACCCCGGUGCCCACCAUGAGCUCCCAGCACCUGUGGCUCCCCCAACAUCCAAGGACAGCCUGGAACCCCUGGAACCAGCGGCUUAUUCUUGAAGGAGCCCCAUCAAUCCUAUUAAUCCUUAGAAUUCCAGUGGGAGCCUCCCUCUGAGCCUUGUAGAAAUGGGAGUGAGGAACCCCAGCUGAGCUGCGUUCCAGCCUCAGCUGAGUCUUUUUGGUCUCCUGCACGCCCCCGUCCACAUGCUUCCCCAGCCUGCAGGGGGAAUCGGUGAGGUCCUGUCCUGGGGCUGCUGUCCAGGGCCGGUGGCUGCCCUCAAGGUCCCUUCCUGAGCUGCUGUGGUUGCCAUUGCUUUUUGCCCGUUCUGGCACCAGGCACCUGGAUUGAGUUGCACGGCUUUGCUUUAUCUGGGCUUGUGUGCAGGGCCUGGCUGUGCUCCCCGUCUGCACAUUCUGAGGACCGAAAAAGCUGGGUCUUGCUGUGCCCUCCCAGGCUUAGUGUUCUCUCCCUCAAAGACUGACAGCCAUCGUUCUGCACGGGGCUUUCUGCAUGUGAUGCCAGCUAAGUGUAGUAAGAAGUCCAGCCUAGGAAGGGAAGGAUUUUGGAGGUAGGUGGCUUUGGUGACACUCUCACUUCUUUCUGAGCCUCCAGGAUACUUGGGCCUGUUUUAAGAGACAUCUCCUUUUUCUAAAGAUGAAUUCUCAGAUGAUAGGUGAACCUGAGUUGCAGAUAUACCAACUUCUGCUUGUAUUUCUCAAAUGACAAAGAUGACCUAGCGAAGAAACUUCCUAGGGAACUAAGGAACCUAUGUGUUCCCUAAACAUGGUUUCCUGAAGCCAGUGAUACCGGGAUUAGAAUAGGAAGAACUUUCUCGGUAAUGCUAAGGAGAAUCUCUUUUGCUCCCACCUGUGUUGUAAAGAUAAACUGACGCUAUAUAGGCACAUUAUGUAAACAUACACAUGCAAUGAAACUGAAGCUUUUCGGCCUGGGAGUGGUCCUGCAAAAUGCUUCCAAAGCCACCUUAGCCUGUUCUAUUCAGUGGCAACCCCAAAGCACCUGUUAAGACUCCUGACCCCCAAGUGGCAUGCAGGCCCCAUGCCCAUUGGGACCUGGUCAGCACAGAUCUUGAUGACUUCCCUUUCUAGGGCAGACUGGGAGGGUAUCCAGGAAUCGGCCCCUGCCCCACGGGCGUUUUCAUGCUGUACAGUGAUCUAAAGUUGGUAAGAUGUCAUAAUGGACCAGUCCAUGUGAUUUCAGUAUAUACAACUCCACCAGACCCCUCCAACUCAUGUAACACCCCACCCCCGUUCGCUUCCUGUAUGGUGAUAUCAUAUGUAACAUUUACUCCUGUUUCUGCUGAUUGUUUUUUUAAUGUUUUGGUUUGUUUUUGACAUCAACUGUAAUCAUUCCUGUGCUGUGUUUUUUAUUACCCUUGGUAGGUGUUAGACUUGCACUUUUUUUAAAAGAGGUUUGUGCAUCGUGGAAGCAUUUGACCCAGAGCGGAACGCGUGGCCUAUGCAGGUGGAUUCCUUCAGGUCUUUCCUUUGGUUCUUUGAGCAUCUUUGCUUUCAUUCGCCUCCCGUCUUUGGUUCUCUGGUUCAAAUUAUUACAAAGUAAAGGAUCUUUGAGUAGGUUCGAUCUGAAAGGUGUGGCCUUUAUAUUCGAUCCACACACGUUGGUCUUUUAACCAUGCUGAGCAGAAAACAAAACAGGUUAAGAAGAGCCUGGUGGCAGCUGAGAGAGAAAGCCGCUCAAAUACCUUCACAGUAAAUAGUGGCAAUAUAUAUAUAGUUUAAGAAGGCUCUCCAUUUGGCAUCGUUUAAUUUAUAUGUUAUGUUCUAAGCACAGCUCUUUUCUCCUCUUUUCAUCCUGCAAGCAACUCAAAAUAUUUAAAAUAAAGUUUACAUUGUAGUUAUUUUCAAAUCUUUGCUUGAUAAGUAUUAAGAGAUAUUGGACUUGCUGCCGUAAUUUAAAGCUCUGUUGAUUUUGUUUUCAUUUGGAGUUUUGGGGGAGGGGAGCACUGUGUUUAUGCUGGAAUAUGAAGUCUGAGACCUUCCGGUGCUGGGAACACACAAGAGUUGCUGGACGUUGACAAGCAGACUGUGCAUGUCUCUGAUGCUUUGUAUCAUUCUUGAGCAAUCGCUCGGUCCGUGGACAAUAAACAGUAUUAUCAAAGAGAA